AUGCCCUUAAGGUGGCGUAACGUUUUCCCAAAAUGGUACUCUGGGAAGCGAGAUGAGGCUCUUAGAUCAACCCUUAUCAAUCCGAGAUUACACACGUUUCCAUCCACAUCAGCUGAUGAACGACGAGCUCGCGGAGCACGAAGCAUACGAAGACGCCCUUAUGGAGUUGGGCACAUAGGUAAGAUUAGCUGGGAAGUGCCCUACAUCCCUCCAGAUCACAAGACGCUGAAGAAGCUGGGCAACUCGCGGUUACUGCCUCAGAAUCGUCUCAUCAUAAACACUUCUCAAUUUAAACUACCAGAUGUCGACAAAGAACAUGCAGCGGAAUCAAAAAACGCAAACGAUUCGAUAUCGGACUCGGCGGAAGGCUUGCCCGAUGGAACUAUCAGAUUAAAAGGCUCUACAUUGGACUAUAUGGGCCGCGUCGAAGUUGCCCAGAAUGGCCAGUGGGGCACUGUUUGCGGAUUCCAAUGGGAUCGUGAUGAUGCACAAGUUGUAUGUAGACAACUUGGCUAUCACGUGGACAGAGUUAUUGCACUGUCACGGCCCGAGUUCGGUCCAGCCGACGACUUGCCCGUCUUCUACAAUCAUGUAGGCUGCAAGGGCAACGAAAACAGCCUAGACGACUGUGCCUCUAAGGUGGACUUCAGCAAAACGGGUCAUGUCUGCAAUAGAUGGCGUCAAGGAGCUACUGUCAUCUGUGGCUGUCCAACAGAAACACCUGAAAAUGGACUCAGACCACGAUGUAUGGUGUCGACCCAGUAUCCCUUCGACUCGUACUCUUGUAAAUAUUCGUGUGGCAAAGGAUACCGGCUAGAAGGGCGCAAUAUGCGCUACUGCCAGAAUGGACAAGUUUGGGAUUCAGAGCUGCCUUCCUGCGUCAAGAUUGCCGAUCCACCGGCGAAAGACAGAGUUUUAAUUCGAAUGUCAAGAACACUAAUAAGUCCCUAA